AUGUCAGCUUAUGAGAAAAGUUGCCCCCUAAAGAAGGAAGACCUGGGAAAAGGUACAUCAUGGCGGAACCGAAGGCUCAGCCUACUUCAAUCGGGGCUAAGAAAACUUUUCAAUAGAGCAAAAAACACUAAGAAAAUUGAGGACUGGGAAGCCUUUAAAGAGCACCGCAAAGAGUUUAAGAAAGAAUUAAGAAAGAGGAAACGGGAAACGUGGAGAUCCUCCUGCAGCGACAUAACGUCGACUGCUUCGGCCGCAAGGCUGAAGAGAGUUUUGUCGAAGGACUACUCAUAUCAACCAGGUUUCCUAAAGAAAGAAGAUGAUACUUUUACAGCCACCUUAGAAGAGUCCGCAGAACUUUUGCUGCAGACUAUGUUUCCAGGCACCAAAAGGACUAUCUCCUAUUCCAAAAUGGAUGUAGCCGGGGGGAAUGAGCAGACUACGCCCUAUCUUGUUGCCAAUGCUUUCAACUACAUAGCGAAUGCAUCGCGAAAAGUAGUACCUAAGCCAGGACAACAAGAUUACACCGUGGCUAAGUCCUAUAGAGCAAUUAGCUUAACAUCAUUCUUGCUGAAAACGUUAAAAAGACCAAGCGAAAAAGAGAUUCGGGAGAUCGUUUUAAGCAAGCAACCUCUACAUCCGAACCAACAUGCCUACAUCUAA